AUGUGGUCCGACGACUGCACCCCCAGCUGCGACGCUUCACAGCCACAGCCAGCACAGCGGCAACGACCGCGGUCCCCACCGCGAUCGGGAGCUGUUGCCACCGCAGCAGCCAUCCCGUACAACGGCAACGGCGCUCCUUCAAACCCUCUGAACGGGGUGCCUGGCCACGUGCUGCAGCAAGACACGCAAAGGCCACCCAGUGAAGUCUACGGAGAGGGAGCAGAGUACGGCCAUGUCGAGGGACCAGACCCCACAAACGUCUCCACCUUCCCCCCAUCUUCAGGGUGCGACGAAAGCGUGAAGCCGCCCCGCCCCGCACCCGCCGCGCCAAGUACCGCCCUCCCUCUCCCCCAACAGAAGAGACCGGCCCAGGUGGUCCACUACGGCCACGCCAGCUCUGACAAUCCAGCCUCGUACAUGCAACAUCACUACCGACCCCCGCCGACCACGCCGGCAGCGCCGGUGGUGGGGAUUAUUCAGUAUGCGGGUCCGCCGGCUGCCCCACCACCUGUGUUUUACGGCGCUGCAACGGCGCCAGGUGCACCUGUGUAUUCGUUCAGCAAUGGUGCUGAUUCGGCUACGCCGCGCGGACGGUCUUAA